UAUUCAAUUCAAUGCGGUUUCAGUUGUAAACGCGUCGUCGUGAGGUGCGGUUUAAUACGUGAGAAGACCCCCCAACUGCAAUAAUAACAACAGAAACAUAAAAGCACAAAGCAUAACCCAAAAAGCUGCGCUCACUACUCUUUCCCUCUCAUUCGCAGUGCGCUCUGACUCUCACAGUUCGUUCGCUCUCUCGCUUUGACUAAAACGCGCAGAUCGCUCAACACAACACAGCACAACACGUGGGCAACACGAGCAGACAGCAAAAACAAAAAUUUAAUAACAUUUUGUGUGUCUAAAUAAAAAACGUGCGUAAUUUUUGAUUACUGUUUUGUGUGUGUCACGAAAGUAAAAAGAAAACGUGAAACGCUAUACAAAAAUGUCGCAUCGCGUGUUGGUCAUUGGCGGCGGCGGACGCGAACACGCCAUCUGUUGGAAAUUGAAUCAAUCUCCACAAGUGGCUCAGAUCUAUGCGCUGCCCGGCAGCUUUGGCAUUGCUCAGCUGACCAAGUGCCAGAAUGUGGCUGCUGAUGUAUUGGAUGCGAAGGAUUUUGAGGCCAUUGCCAAGUGGUGUAAGCUGAACAAGAUCACGCUGGUGUCGGUGGGACCCGAAGAGCCGCUUGGGUUAGGCCUGGGCGAUGUUCUGCGCCAAGCUGGCAUCGAUUGCUUUGGGCCCGGCAAGCAGGGCGCCCAAAUCGAGACGGACAAGAAGUGGUCCAAGGACUUUAUGCUCCGACAUGGUAUUCCCACAGCACGCUACGAGAGUUUCACGGACGUGGAUAAGGCCAAGAAGUUUAUACGCAGUGCUCCCUAUGCCGCCCUGGUGGUCAAAGCAGCUGGUCUCGCGGCUGGCAAAGGCGUCGUCGUAGCUGCCAAUGCUGAAGAAGCCUGUCAGGCUGUGGAUGACAUUCUGGGCAGUCUCAAAUUCGGUCAAGCGGGUUCUACGGUCGUUGUUGAAGAGCUGCUCGAGGGCGAGGAAGUCUCGCUGUUGGCCUUCACCGAUGGCAACACGAUACAAGCGAUGUUGCCUGCCCAGGAUCACAAGCGCAUCGGAACUGGCGACAUCGGACCCAACACUGGCGGCAUGGGCGCUUAUUGUCCCUGCCCCCUGAUCAGUAAACAAGCUCUAGAACUUGUGCAGGUUGCAGUGCUGGAACGUGCCAUUAAGGGUUUGAACCAGGAACGCAUUCCCUAUCAGGGUGUACUCUAUGCUGGUCUGAUGCUGACACGCGAUGGACCGCGAGUGCUGGAGUUCAAUUGCCGCUUCGGAGAUCCCGAAACUGAGGUCAUUCUGCCCCUACUCGAGUCCGAUUUGUUUGAGGUCAUGCAGGCCUGCUGCAAGGGCACCUUGAACAAACUCACGCUGCAGUGGCAGAACAAUAAGUCCGCGGUUGGAGUCGUCGUCGCCAGUGCCGGGUAUCCAGCGAGUGCGACCAAGGGUUGUGUUAUCAAAGGCUUACCCGUCGACAUCGACAAAGAAAAGCUGAUACUCCAUAGUGCCCUGGCGCUGAAUGCGAAGGGAGAACCCGUCACGAAUGGAGGACGUGUGCUGAUCGCGAUCGCACUGGAUGCGAGUCUGAGAGAAGCCGCAGCUCGUGCCACCAAAAUGGCAGCUGAGAUUAGUUUUGUGGGAGCACCUUCACAAUACCGCACGGACAUUGCACAGAAGGCAUUCAAAAUGACUCCAGCUCCUUCGCUCAGCUACAAGGACAGCGGCGUGGACAUCGAUGCUGGCGAUGCUUUGGUGCAACGCAUUAAACCCCUUUCCCGGGGCACCCAACGUCCUGGCGUCCUUGGUGGCUUGGGCGGCUUUGGUGGUCUCUUUCGCAUCAAAGACUUGAGCUACACUCAACCCAUUAUUGCGGAGGCCACUCAGGGAGUCGGCGCUAAGAUCAAGUUGGCUUUGGAGCACAAACUCUACGAUCACAUUGGCUACGAUCUCUUUGCCAUGGCUGCUAACGAUUUGCUGGAGCUGGGCGCUGAACCGGUGGCAUUUCUAGACUACAUCGCCUGUGGCAAGUUGCAAGUGCCUCUUGCCGCACAACUCGUCAAGGGCAUGGCCGAUGGCUGUCGGGAUGCGCGUUGCGCUUUAGUAGGUGGUGAAACAGCAGAGAUGCCUUCUCUGUACGCUCCCGGACAGUACGACAUGGCUGGCUACUGCGUUGGGUUGGUGGAGGAGUCGCGAUUGCUGCCCCGCUUCGAUCAAUAUCAGUCAGGAGAUCUUCUGAUUGGGCUGCCCUCGUCUGGUCUGCAUUGUGCCGGCUUCAAUGAGCUGCUGACGCGACUAAUAGAAGCCGGCGUGAAUCUCAAGGAAUGUUCUCCAGUGGCUGGCGGAGAUCAUGGUUUAAGUGUGGCUCAGGUGUUGGGCACUCCGACACAACUGUAUGUGCAACAGUUGCUGCCUCAUUUGCAGGCGGGGCAGGUGAAGGCGGUGGCACAUGUCAGCCAUGGAUUGUUGCACGAUGUGGCGCGUUUGUUGCCCCAGGAUUACGAAGUUGUGCUGGACUUUGGAGCGGUGCCGGUGCCCAAGAUCUUUGGUUGGCUGGCGGGAAAAUUGCGACUAAGUGCAACAACUUUGCUGGAGCAUCACAAUUGUGGCAUUGGCAUGGUGUUGGUGCUGCCCCAAUCGAGUCAAUUGUGGCGCACUUCGUUGCCUGGUGCCAAGGUUCUAGGUGUAUUGCAGAAACGUCUGACAAAGGAGUCGAAGACAAAUCGCCUUCAAGUACGCAACUUUGAGGACCAGCUGCAAAAGUUGGCUAAACCUUUCGGCGGAUUGGGUGAUCAGCAAUUAACGAGCGAACACUUGCAACUCACUUCAACUGCGCCCGUGGCACGCGAGGAUUGCUUUGAGAAUGCGUCGGGUUGUCGUGUGACUCGCUUGCCUGCUCACUACAAGGAUCCCAUUCUCAUACUGGGCACCGAUGGCGUCGGCACCAAGCUGAAGAUCGGCCAGCAAAUUGGUCGCAAUGGCAGCGUUGGCAUCGAUCUUGUUGCCAUGUGUGUCAACGAUAUUCUCUGCAAUGGCGCCCAGCCCUACAGCUUCUCCAGCUACUACGCUUGUGGCAAGUGGCAACAGCAGUUGGCCGACGAGGUCGCCAACGGUGUCUACGAAGGUGCCCAGCAGGCGGACAGCAGUUUCAUUUCUGCCCACACCGCCGCUCUCCCCUUGCUGUAUGAACCCCAAGUUUACGAUCUCGCUGGCUUUGCGCUGGGCAUCGCUGAGCGUGCUGGGAUUCUGCCGCGUGUGGAGGACAUACAACCAGGAGAUGUGCUGAUCGGAUUGCCAUCUUCGGGAGUGCACAGCAAUGGCUUCAGUUUGGUGCACGCGGUGCUGAAGCGAGUUGGGUUGGGUUUGACCGACAAGGCGCCUUUUAGUGAACGCACGCUGGGGGAGGAACUCCUGGUGCCCACCAAGAUCUAUGUGAAGGCGCUGGCACCGCUGCUCAACCAGCCCAAUCAUGGCAUCAAGGCGCUGGCACACAUCACAGGUGGCGGCCUGACCGAGAAUAUUCCCCGAGUGCUUCGCAAGGAUCUCGCUGUGCGUUUGGACGCUAACAACUUCCAAUUGCCUCCGGUCUUUGCCUGGCUGGCAGCAGCGGGUAACAUCACUCCAGAGGAACUGCAACGCACCUACAACUGUGGAUUGGGACUCAUCCUGGUGGUGAAUCCCGCCCAGGUGAACACAGUGAUGCAGCAGCUGCGCUACGCGGAACGUGCAUCGAUUGUGGGCGAGGUAAUUGUCCGCAAGGAUGCGAAGAAGCCGCAAGUGCAGCUGCAACACUUUGAGGAGUCCCUAGCACGCAGUCAACGUCAGCUGAAGUUGCCACGUCGCCGGGUCGCUGUGCUCAUCUCGGGCACUGGCAGCAACCUCCUGGCAUUGGUCAAAGCUACGAGGGAUUCUGCACAAGCGGUGCAUGCGGACAUUGUGCUGGUGAUCAGCAACAAACCGGAUGUAUUGGGUUUGGAGCGUGCCAAGCAAGCGGGCAUACCAUCGUUGGUCAUUUCACAUCGCAAUUUUGGCACUCGCGAGGAUUACGAUGCCGAAUUGACGCGUCACCUGGAGGCAGCUCGGGUCGAUCUCAUUUGCCUAGCCGGUUUUAUGCGUGUGCUCAGCGUUCCCUUCGUCCGUCAUUGGCGCGGUCGCCUGGUCAACAUUCAUCCCUCGUUGCUGCCCAAAUUCCCGGGACUCCAUGUCCAGCGUCAGGCUUUGGAGGCGGGUGAAACCGAAUCCGGUUGCACGGUUCACUUUGUGGAUGAGGGCGUCGACACGGGAGCCAUCAUUGUGCAGGCCGAGGUGCCCAUUCUAAAAGGCGACGAUGUCGACACUUUGACGCAGCGCAUCCAUCAGGCCGAGUAUUGGGCCUAUCCUCGUGCUUUGGCUCUGCUGGCAAGCGGCGCCGUUUCUCUGCCUCCAGAGAGCAAACCCGUCUCGAAGAAGAACUAAACUCAGCACCUUGAACUACUCUUUAAACUGUUCUAUAAAUAAAAUACAUUCGCAGUAUAAUGUUGAUAACACCUCUACUCUUGAAUUGGGUAUUUCCAUUCAUAGAAUUAACUUGGACAUCUAAUUAAAUCUAAAACCAAUUGUCGAUAUUAUACUGCGUUUAUAACUUAGCUUUAAUUAUGCAAUCU